UUAUUUCGUUCCCAAUUCCUCUGAAUACCAAAAUGGCAACUCUUACAUCAAUACUACAUUCCAAAAUAGCGUAUUUCCUUUACAAAUUCUACCACCACUCUCUAGUUCCAAAGCCUCAAAAGUCAAAUCCUCGCACAACAACAUAAAAUAUGUUUCAUUGAGAAUCUUCAACUUCAGGGUUUCAUGACCCUUCUGCACUGACUUUUCUUGUUGGUGAAUUGUUUGAUUAGUAAAGGCAGAGUGAUGAUGUUAAGAGUUGGUAUUGUUCAUAUCUGAAGGUUAAAAAAGAAAAAAAAAGUGAGAAUUUUUCAGCUUGUUAAGCUUGAUUUUGUGUUGUUAGUGUAAAAAAGGGUGUGUAAUGGAAGAAGGGUUGUGUCAAAACUCAAUUCCUGGUUCAGGUUUUGUUGAUAAAACUAGGAUUGUAGAGGCUAAACCCCUUCGUAGUUUGGCACCUGUGUUGCCAAAAUCUCUUCAAUCUUCCUUCUCUGGCCGGUAUCCGUCUGUCUUUCCUCCAUUUGUUUUGUUUGAUGAACCUCAAGAGUCUCAACCAUCACCUGCUCCCAUGCCGGCUCCAUUAAGGUCCUAUAGGAAUCCACUAGAUGAAGAAGAAGCCCCUCAUGGAUCCAAUGGAGAGACUUCUUCACCCAUGGAGGGUCUCAACGGUAAUAGCGUUGACAAUAGCCAAAAGCGCGCUGUGCCGCCUAUGCACAGCUGCAAAUAUUCCCAAAAGAGGAGUAAGAAAACUAAGGAGUCACAGUUUGAUUUGAGUCCUUCAGUUGGUGGUAUCAGUGUGGCCACAAGGGAAGAUGGUGAUCGCGAAUUGGUUAAUCUUGUGCUCAUGACUUAUGAUUCUCUUCGGAGAAGGCUCUGCCAACUUGAAGAUGCCAAGGAGUUGAACACAACGAUGGCAAUCAAGCGUGCAGAUUUAAGAGCAAGCAAUGCAAUGACAGUCAAAGCAUUUAGAACAAACACGAGGAGGAGAGUAGGAGCAGUGCCUGGGGUUGAGAUUGGGGACAUUUUCUUUUUGCGGAUGGAAAUGUGUCUUGUGGGUUUACAUGGCCAGUCGAUGAGCGGAAUUGACUACAUGACCAUCAAGGAUGAGCUUCAGGAGGAACCAGUGGCUCUAAGCAUUGUUUCAUCAGGAGUAUAUGAUAAUGACGCCGAGGAUAAUGAUGUUUUAAUUUAUACUGGUCAGGGUGAGAACUUCAACAAGAAAGAUAAACACGUGAUUGAUCAGAAACUUCAAAGGGGUAAUCUUGCUUUAGAUAGAAGUUCACGACGCCACAAUGAAGUAAGAGUCAUCCGGGGUUUGAGAGAUGCUGCCAACAAAAAUGCAAAAAUUUAUGUCUAUGAUGGUCUGUAUAAAAUCCAGGAUUCUUGGAUAGAAAGAGGGAAAUCUGGUGGUGGUGUAUUUAAGUAUAAGUUUGUUAGAUUGCCUGGACAAUCCAGUGCUUUCGCUGUUUGGAAAUCGGUUCAGAAGUGGAAAAUGAGCUCAAGCACAUCUUCAAGGACUGGUAUUAUUCUUGCAGACCUCUCUACAGGAGUUGAGAGUAUUCCUGUAUCACUUGUCAAUGAAGUUGACAAUGAGAAGGGCCCUUCUUUUUUCACUUAUUUCCAUUCUCUCAGAGAUCCAAAACCAUUCAGUUUAGCACAAUCAUCAUAUGGCUGCAACUGUAACAAAACAUGUGUCCCUGGGGAUUUGAGCUGCUCUUGCAUUCAAAGAAAUGAAGGUGACUUUCCAUAUACUGCAAAUGGUGUCCUAGUGAGUCGGAAACCAUUGGUUCAUGAGUGUGGCCCAUUGUGUAAGUGUUUUCCUAACUGCAAGAAUCGAGUAUCCCAGACUGGUUUGAAGCACCAAAUGGAAGUGUUCAAAACAAAAGAUAGAGGGUGGGGACUUAGAUCACUGGAUCCUAUACGUGCUGGUACUUUUAUUUGUGAGUAUGCAGGAGAAGUUAUUGACAUUGCCAAGGUAAAUAAGAAUAGGGGAUAUGAUGAUGAGUAUGUUUUUGAUACAAGCCGUAUUUACGAUACAUUCAAAUGGAAUUAUGAACCUAGCUUAUUGGAAGAAAUAAGCUCAAAUGUCUCUAGUGAGGAUUAUGAUAUACCGUCUCCUCUAAUUAUCAGUUCUAAGAAAUUUGGAAAUGUGGCUAGAUACAUGAAUCAUAGUUGCUCCCCAAAUGUUUUCUGGCAGCCAGUCUUGUAUGCAGAAAAUAAUCAAUCCUUUCUUCACAUUGCAUUUUUUGCCCUCAGACACAUUCCUCCUAUGACAGAGUUAACAUAUGAUUAUGGCUGUUCUGGUCAUGCUGAUGGUAGCAGUGCACCCAAAGGGAGAAAGAAAUGCUCAUGUGGAUCAUCAAAAUGCCGUGGUUCUUUUGGUUGAUGUUUUGUUGCAGUUGCUGAUGGACAGGCAUGGUGCUGGCAAAUGUAUUCACAGCUAAAAGAUGGGGACAUUCAAUGUGAAGGCCAGAUACAGCUUGGAAGUUCCAACUUCGCUGAUGCUUGUUUCCAAAUAUGGUUGUCAAGGGUGGAUGUACUCGAUUAAAAGUUAACCAUGUUAGUCCUUAGGCAUGGCUCUUUCUUGGCUUCUACUUGUAGUUAGUGACUUUUGAUCAUCUUACCCCAUUCCUAGUUUUGAGGGGAAAAAGUUUUAGUGAGCAGCUUGUGUAAAAUUAUUGUUGUAGGGAAUGGCCAUGAGUACUUGAAAAUAUCAUUAACAUGCAUAUCUUUGUACCCUUUUGGCUUUUGUAAUUGUAAUAGAGUUAGUGUUGAUGUUGAUUAGAAGGCUAGAACUAUAUAUCAUAUUUUGGAUUCUAGAAACUAUUUUGUUAAAACAUGCUAUGUAUCUUUUCUAUGCCAAUUGAAUUGAUCUGAACUCAU